CUUUCUUUUUCCGUUCCCGUUAACCACUGAAAGCGCCGUCGCAUUCCUUCGUGUACAAUUAUCGAGAGUCGAGCACCGAAGAAUCUGAAUUCAACGAAUCGGAGUAACCGAGUGGUUGGAAUGUCAUUUGAAGGUUUAAUCCGACGCCGACGAUAGUGUGGGGAUAGGGUAUUCAAAGCUCGUCGAUCGAGCCAUCUUUCCAGCGUUAGUUUACUGAAGUAUUAGAGAUUUGUCCUAUGGAUCUAGAACCUGAAGCAUCGGAGAAUAAGUAUGCCGCUGAUUUUCCUUCUAUAAAAGCUGCGCAAGAACGCAUCAGUUCGUAUGUGCACACAACUCCUGUCCUGUCCUCAGAAACCCUAAAUUCCAUGUCCGGAAGACGGCUGUUCUUCAAAUGCGAAUGCUUUCAGAAAGGAGGAGCAUUCAAAUUCAGGGGAGCCUGCAAUGCUGUAUUCUCACUACCUGAUGAUCAGGCAGUUAAAGGUGUCGUAACCCACAGCAGUGGCAACCACGCUGCGGCACUUUCUUUAGCUGCAAAACUGCGAGGAAUACCUGCACAUAUAGUCAUUCCCGAAAAUGCUCCGAAAUGCAAAGUUGAGAAUGUCUUGCGCUAUGGUGGUCGUGUUACUUGGAGUGAGGCUGCCAUGCGAUCUAGGGAGGAGGUUGCUGCAAAGGUUAUACAAGAGACGGGUGCUGUCCUAAUUCAUCCGUAUAAUGAUAGCCGUAUCAUAAGUGGACAGGGGACCAUCUCUCUUGAGCUUGUACAACAAAUCCCUCAAAUUGACACUAUAAUAGUUCCAAUAAGUGGAGGCGGCUUGAUUUCAGGGGUGGCAAUAGCUGCAAAGUCGAUCAACCCCAAAAUCAGGAUAUUGGCUGCUGAGCCAAAAGGAGCAGAUGAUGCUGCUCAGUCCAAAGCAUCUGGAAAAAUCAUAACAUUACCGGAAACCAAGACCAUUGCAGACGGUCUACGAGCUUUUCUCGGAAGCCUCACAUGGCCUGUUGUGAGAGAUUUAGUGGAUGACAUAAUAGUUGUCGACGAUAAAGAGGUUAUAGAAGCAAUGAGGCUCUGCUACAAUAUUCUGAAGGUGGCCGUAGAGCCGAGUGGGGCUAUUGGCCUUGCGGCUGUUCUCUCCGACAGAUUCAGGAAUAAUCCGGCCUGGAAAGAUUGCGACAACGUCGGGAUUAUAGUUUCAGGAGGUAAUGUUGAUCUGGAUGUGCUAUGGGAGGCUCUGAGCAAGCAAGCAUGAACUGCCUUCCCAGGAAUUCCUCCAAUUUCAGAAGUUAAAUUCCUUGUGGUUAGAAGUCUUUGCUGCAAUCACCAGUGAAGUUAGAAUAAUAAAUUAGCCUCUGUAUCAGAAAUUUCAUGGUCGUUUAAUUAUUAUCAUUAAGUUGUGGACCUCGUUUUUAUGUGAACACUUCUAACAACACAACACAAGCAAAACACUGCGGUAGCGUUUAACCACUCUCUACUCAUCCGCUUCAAAUAUGUGUUGUGGCAGGCUCGGAUAAAACAAACAUGCAACUUUGAAAGGUGAAUUGGGCCGGCUCAGUUUAGAAUUUAGCCCGCUGAGUUGGCCCACAGCCACUCAUUGUUCUUUUAUCUGCUCGUCCCACCGCCAUUCGCCUGCUUCAGUCCGAGUUUGAGCAGGUUUGAGAUUCCGAUCUAUUCCAAAGCUUGAGGUGGAAUUCGAAUCAAGGAUAUGUGCCAUGGCGGUUGAAGAAGAACUGUUGGUAACAACCUUCUUCGUUUCUGAAAGCAGCCGCUCAACAGCAAGUGGAAGAGAGAUAAGGGAGCGCAUCUCGUUUUCGUUUCGUCUUCGUAUUUCAGCAUCCAUAUUGACUCAAAGACUCCGCGGUUUAAUCCGAUGCUAACGAUAGUGUAGGGUUAGGGUGUUUGGCGCUCGUUGAGUCUUCUUUCCGGCGUUUGUUUACUUUGUGGCAGGCCGGAUAAUACAAAUAUGCAAAUAUGAAAGGUGAAUUGGGCCGGCCCAAUUUAGAAUGAAGUUGGGCCACAGUCGCUCAUCGUUCUUUUAAAUGCUCGUCUCACCGUCAUUAGCCUGUGCUUCAGUCUCAGUUUUAGCAGUGGAAUUCGAAUCAAGGAUUUGUGCCAUGGCGGUUGAAGAAGAAUUGUUGGUAAACAACCUUCUUCGUUUCUGGAAGCAGCCGCACAUCACGAGAAAGAGAGAUAAGGAAGCGCAUCACGUUUCUCGUAUCUACGUCGUCUUGUCUUCGCAUUUCAGCAUCCAUACCGACUCAAAGACUCCGCUGUCUAAUCCGAUGCUAACGAUGGUGUAGGGUUAGGGUGUUCGGUACUCGUUGAGUCUUGUUUCCGGCGUUUGUUUACUUUGUAAACUGUGGGAAGUGGUCAAGCCAAAAGGAUCAGAUGAUGCUGCUCGAUCUAAUGCUUCUGGCAUAAUUGGAACUUUAUGAGAAAUCAGGUCCAUUGCUCUUGGUCUUCGAGCAUUUUUAAACCUCACAUGCAUCUUGUGGUAUGAUUUCCUUACACCAAAAGAUGAAUUGGUAAGAUUCUGGUAUGAUUUUAUCUCUUUCUUCAGCCCAAUUUUAUCUUGUUUCAUCUCAUUAUUUUGUUGCUAGCUAUCACUUAGUUAUAUUUAUAUAUAGUCCUCUUGGUUUUAAUGACUAGAUGACUUUUGUAUUAGAAAAGUGUCAGGGAAACCAAUUAGGAUUUUUGUUCUGUAGAACACUCAACACUCUUUUCACACUCUACCUUUGAAUGGUGUCAAAACGUAAAACUACACCAACAGCAUUUUAUACAUCAUUCAAAAUCUGGGGUUUAAUCUAUAGUUUUCAUGCAAAAUUUAAAUUGAGCAAAAUGCCAUAUAUACAGGUCAAUAUAGCUGAUAGAUAAAUUGUUGUCUGCUCAAAUGUUUCCUUUUUUUUUUUUUUUUGUUGUUGUUGUUGUUAUUAGCGUUAAUAUAUCUAAAUUACUACUGAUUUAGAUCAUAUUCCUUUUUUAGUAUACGUGGCUGCCUGUUUUUUAGUUUUUGUUUUUUUUAAUAUCUGGUGUGCAUUAUUUUACCUUCCACAUUGUACCCUGUAUGUAGCAUUAUUUUUUAUUUUUGUCGUGGCUCUAAGAGCUACUGGUGUUUGGUAAACACGUGGCAAGAGAGCUCAACCUAUUAUGUAGCUUAUCAUUUUCUACGUUUCUUCA